GCGGAAGUGACGUGUGGGCUUGCCGGCUGGGUGGCGGGAAAUGUGGCGCCGAAGGUAGGUGAGGGAAGAGAGAACGAUGCAGGCGUUUCUGAAGGGCCCUUCCGCCGUCGGCACCAAACCGCCGCAGGCCAAGGAGCGGGGAUCGGCCGCCGCCGCCGGGGUCGGUGGAGAGAGCAAGAGGGUCAAGCCCGUUCCCUGGGUGGAGAAAUACCGGCCGAAACGUGUGGAUGAAGUUGCCUACCAGGAGGAGGUGGUUGCCGUGCUCAGAAGAUCCCUGGAAGGAGCCGACCUUCCUAAUCUCUUGUUUUACGGGCCGCCUGGAACUGGGAAAACCUCCACUAUUUUGGCAGCAGCCAGGGAACUUUAUGGGCCGGAACUCUUCCGCCAAAGAGUUCUUGAGCUGAAUGCAUCGGAUGAACGUGGAAUACAAGUAGUUCGAGAAAAAGUGAAGACUUUUGCCCAGCUAACUGUAGCAGGAAGCCGUUCAGACGGGAAGCCGUGUCCGCCUUUUAAGAUUGUGAUUCUGGACGAAGCGGACUCCAUGACCUCGGCGGCCCAAGCAGCUCUAAGACGCACGAUGGAGAAGGAGUCUAAAACUACUCGGUUUUGCCUCAUCUGCAAUUACGUCAGUCGGAUAAUCGAGCCCUUAACUUCCCGGUGCUCGAAAUUCCGCUUCAAGCCCCUGUCGGAUAAAAUACAACACCAGAGACUGCUAGAUAUCUCAGAGAAAGAAAAAGUAAAGAUCAGCAGUGAGGGAAUCGCUUACCUCGUUCAGGUGUCAGAAGGAGACUUACGAAAAGCCAUCACAUUUCUUCAAAGUGCUACCCGUUUAACAGGUGGGAAAGAGGUCACGGAGAAGGUAAUAACAGAGAUUGCCGGGGUAGUGCCCGCUGAAACUAUCGAUGGUAUAUUCUCUGCCUGUCAAAGUGGUUCUUUCGAAAAACUGGAAGCAGUAGUCAAGGAUUUGAUAAAUGAGGGUCAUGCGGCUACUCAGCUUGUGAAUCAGCUUCACGAUGUGGUCGUGGAAAAAGAUCACCUCAGUGACAAGCAGAAGUCCGUCAUCACCGAGAAACUCGCUGAAGUGGAUAAAUGUUUGGCCGACGGAGCGGAUGAGCAUUUGCAGCUGAUCAGUCUCUGCGCUACAGUGAUGCAGCAGUUAACCCAGAACGUCUAACCGGAAAAGCCUGGAGAUUCCUUAACCCAAGCUGUCGCCGUGUUUAUGUAACUGUUUUGCCAAUUAAAGCAAAAUAUCGCCA